UUUCCAUACUUUGUGAUUUAAUACUGAUUAAGUGUGUACUUAAGUUUUAUAAGUAAAUGAAAUUAGGGGAAAAAUAUUAAUAAAAGUUAAGUAUUUUUAAUUCAUGAGGAUAUAUUUGUUUGUACGAAAAUGGCAAAUACUGAAACAGCUAAAAAAGGAGAUGCAGGGGAAAGUAUAGAAAUGUUUUUAGUAAAAGCAAAGAAAGAUUUUGAAGAAAAAUUGAGCAAGCCAAGUGUUGAUACUAUUACAAGUAUAGGUGAUUUUGACCGAAUAAAAACUCUGGGAAUAGGCUCCUUUGGUCAUGUUAUACUAGCUCAGCGCAAAUCAUCUGAAAACUACUUCGCAAUUAAAAUUCUUGAUAAAGAAAAAAUUGUGAAAAUGAAACAAAUUGAACACGUUUUUGACGAGAAAAAUAUUUUGCACGCAGUUAGUUUUCCUUUUAUUGUAAAGCUAGAUUUAUGCUUUAAGGAUAAUACGAAUUUGUAUAUGGUAUUAGAAUUUGUGCCUGGUGGCGAAAUGUUUUCUCGUCUUCGGCGAGUCGGUCAUUUCAGUGAAGCUGAUUCACGUUUUUAUGCUGCACAGAUAGUUCUUAUAUUUGAGUACCUUCACCAUUUGGGUCUGAUACACAGAGAUUUAAAACCGGAAAAUUUGUUGAUUGAUCAGCAAGGCUAUGUAAAAAUUACUGACUUUGGUUUUGCAAAACAAGUAAAAGGACGAACAUGGACUUUUUGUGGAACACCAGAGUACGUUGCACCAGAAAUUAUUCUCUUCAAAGGUCAUAAUAAAGCUGCAGAUUGGUGGGCCUUUGGCGUGCUUGUGUACGAAAUGACUGCUGGACACUCUCCAUUUUGCGCCAUAGAUCCAAUGGACACUUAUAAAAAAAUUGUGGCCGGAAAAGUGGGAUUUCCCUCUCACUUUACCUCUGAUUUGAAGGAUCUUAUGACAAACUUGUUACAAGUUGAUCUCACUAAAAGAUAUGGAAAUUUGAAAAAUGGAGUCAAUGACAUAAAGAACCACAAAUGGUUUUCUACAACUGACUGGACCAUGAUAUUUCAGAAAAAAGUGGAAGCUCCAUUUAUUCCGAAGUGUAAAGGACCAGGUGAUACAACUCAUUAUGAUGAUUAUGAAGAGGUGGAAAUACGCGUAUCAACAACGGAAAAAUGCGCCAAGCAAUUUGUUGACUUUUAGUGUUUAAUUCAGACUUUUGUCCAAAAGAAAAUUGCUUUUGAUUGCAUUGUAUAGUUUAGUAUAACAAUGUUUUUAUGGUAUAUGUAGAAUAGGGGAGUUUUCCCAUAUCGUCGACUAGUCUCACCAACUGUAAUCGCCAAAUCGUCAGAAUCCAGUUCAUGUUAUAGGGAUCAUUAAAAAUAUACAGUAUGUAUAUAUAAAAUAGUUUGGCCACAAAUGGCUACAUAUUUUACCCUUCAAAUUAAUUUUCAUCAAUGGAGUUUUUUCCCUCUCAAAACAGAGAGACUGCAUUUUGUUAAGUUUUUCUCACAUUCGAUCGAACGUACCGAUAUGAAUAUAUUGCUAAAACUUGCAUUUUUGCACUUUUCUUGUGUUUUUGCGUUUAUCUCUCAUUUUUACUAGGGGCGGAUAUUUAUAUAUUGUCAAAAAUACUUGUUACAUACUUUUGAUAGAAAAUGCAAAGAUAAAUUCUGCCUACUUUUCGUACAUUUUUAGAGAAGCAUCUGUAUUUAAUGUAAUAAGAGAAGUUUAUAUACUUCUUUAUUA